AUGAAGGUUGCCUCAUUGCCGCCUAAUAGUCCACUUGAAAUUGAGCCUUGGGUUUUGAUCGCUAUCGCUGUUGCGAUUGUUGUCCUGCGAUGCUUUGCACGCAUUCAAGCAACUGGCGUGCGUCAGCUCGAACUGGACGAUUGGGCAAUGAACAUAGCACUGAUACUCUUCAUUUGUACAGGCUUCUUCGCCCGUAUUGUGGCAGCCGCUACCAACAUCGAUCCUAGAGUCAACCCAAAUCAGAUGCCUAUAGCUCUCACUCCGGGUCUGUCGAACAAUAACAUGACCGAUAACUACCGUGCCAGCCUUGAUCCAGCUUCUGUUGAACAUCAGAUUCGAGUGGCUGGUUCAAAGCUCCAUUUGAUAGGAUGGUCUCUCUAUGUGUCUACCUUGUGGUGCGUGAAGCUAUGUAUUGCGGUCUUCUAUACUAGGUUGAUCGAUGGUCUUUUUCACAUGAUGAUACAUAUUCGGAUUGCUUAUGUAGCAAUUGGUGUUUCUUAUGUGGCAGUCAUGGCAACCCUCCUAGGAGCGUGCCAACCUUUCCAUCGUCACUGGCAGAUCAACCCCAAUCCAGGAGACCAUUGCUUGCCUGCCACCUCAGUGUUAACGAGCUACGUUGUUGUCGUCCUCAACGUACUCACUGAUCUAUACCUCGUACACAUUCCAAUUCUGAUUCUCUGGAACGCCAGAAUCUCCCAGUCUAAAAAGCUCUUUCUGAUAAUGCUCUUCAGCGGAGCCAUCUUUGUCAUAAUCGCUAGCAUUAUUCGCGUGUAUUUCAUCCAGGCUGGCGAUCGCGAUGGUGGUGAAAGCGCCGCUAUUUGGGGCCUACGUGAGACUCUUGUUGCGUUUAUUAUUGGAAACCUUCCCGUAAUCUAUGGUGGCAUCAGACUGUGGCGUCAAAGGUUUGAGAAUUCGGAAGUACACCCAAGGAGUCGAGCACGAAUAAGAGGUUGGCCAGGUGGAAAUAGGAUUAGGAGGCUUUUCUCACGGCCCGGCCGCUGCGAGGAUCCAAUCAUGUCCGAGAAGGCUACGCCAGGCUACGAUUGCGCCACGCUCACUGCUAUGGAUGCGAAAGAGUCGUCAUCAGAGUCAGGCCGUCAAGCAUCUCCGCCACUGGGCCCAUAUCGUGCAAGCAGUUGCUUCAGCACGGAUAUGAGGGGGAGUCAUGCACCUUGUGCGGAAAUGGAUUCGACAUUCGGGGUCCAAGUCAUACGGGGCAGCAAAGUCGACAUCGAGAGCGCUCAAAGCAAAGAUGAAACCGUCGAGACUGCUAGAAAGCACAGCCGGAUGGAUAGUAAGGAUUGGCUUGGACCGCUCUUGAUGGACCCGCCGUCCGGGAAACCGAAUCUUGGACGGGUUUCCCAGCCACCAUCAGAAGGAUGGCCACUCCGGCGGUCAAUCUUGCAGAUCCCCAUUGAUCGGCAACAAAGAGAGUCGGACACGUUGGACGACCCGAACGAUACGAAGUGGUUCACAACUGAUACACCCUGA